AUGUCGGUGGGCAUGGCGGUGCUGUGGAACGCCCCCAUGAUGCCGCGCCUGCAGCAGAACACGUCGCACAUCGUGCUGACGGCGGACGAGGCGUCGUGGAUGACGUCGGUGCCGCCGCUGGUGGGCAUCGCGCCCAACUUCUUCACCGGCUGGCUGGUGCAGCUGGUGGGCCCGCGGCGCCUGCUGCUCUGCACGGCGCUGCCCUUCCUCGUGGCGUCGCUGUGGCAGCGCUUCGCCACCACCUUCGCCGAGCUGCUCGCCACCGUCGUCUUCUGGGGCGUGGGCUUCGGCAUCGUGAUCCCGGUGAGCCCGCAGUAUCAGGUGGAGAUUGCUGAGGAUCGCGUGCGUGGACUCAUGAUCUCGAUGGGCAUGGUCAUGAUGGGUAUCGGCGGCAUCCUGAUGACCAGCAUAGCACCCUACGUGGACUUCUUCACGCUGUGUGAGGUCGUGCUGGCGGUCCCCGUGCUGUUCGUGGGGACCUUCUGGUGGAUGCCCGAGAGCCCAUACUACCUGGUGUCGAAAGGCCGCACGGAGGAGGCGACGGACGCGCUGAUGCGGCUGCGCGGGAAGGACUCUGCCAAAGAGGUGGAGGACGAGCUGCAGCAGAUCCUGCGCUCUGCAGAGCAGCGCGACCAAAAGGGCGGCGGCGGCACCGCAGAGGCCUUCCGGGAGCUGCGGCGUAGCGCUGCGGCAAGAAGGGCGCUGGUGGUGCGUAUUUAG